UUCUAGACAACGCGCAUAAUGCCGUCAACCACCCAGAUGAAGCCUUUGCCGGAGCGCAAGACGAUUGGAAGGCUGUGGGAGACCUUCCCAGACCUGACGCGAGAGCGUAGAUGGAACCUCGAAGCCCAAAUCAAAAGAUUUAUGGAAAAUAACAAAGACGAAAUGGCCGAUACCCGCACGACCGUCGGGCGCGAGCUCCUCAAGGACCUCUGGCGACAGGCGUUCGCUGACUCGCGGUACAACUUCGACAACUGGAUAAAGGCAAUCCACGAUGAUGCUGACCAGAUCGAGUCAUUGCUCGACAGUCUCUACCACCUGUCCGUGCUUUUGCGGCAGCAGAAGAGAGCAUCGGCAAGAAAGCAAAACCCGGCUGCCGAAUUCAGUGACGAUGACCAGGCAAGCGAUGCUAACGGCGGUGGCACAGACGAGCGCCCUUCUAGAAAGGUCAAUCCAUGGAGCAAGGACGCGCCCGCCAUCGUAAAUGCGGAGGUGAAGGUUGUUCGGGAUAGGACGGGGGAAGCUAAUGCCGCCUUGGACGUGGCUUCCUUUACGCGUCCAGGCGUUGUGCUGGGCGACCAACCCAGUAAAGUCCCGCAAGACGCAAUAUCAUUCGAGAGCUUAGUAGACGUUCUGCAGAAGCAGUGCCACUUCAACCAGGAGUCGGAGCAGGUGAUAGCAGCUGUUCCUCUUGCCGGGAUAAGUCAUCGGAUCGUCGUCCGGUCCGACGCCCAGCUACACGCGGCAUUGAAGAAGAGUGUGGUGGAUGGCAUCUGCAAACUUACCAUUGAAGACAAGGAUCCUGAUUUCGAAAUGCGAGACGGUCCCGCGAGAUACCGGUCCUGAAAAAGGUCGACAAGUAGGCGAAUGCCAUAUUAAGGCCGAAC